AAACAUUUGCACACGGCCCGGCCGCUCACUGGAAUCCUAUAAAAUAGCAGCUUCGUCGUUCCUUCCCACAACAACUACUCAGACGAGCACCUGCCAGAUUCUCUUCAAGGACACUAAACGCAACCGACCAGCAUUCAGCAUGGACCCUUGCGACUGCUCCAAGACUGGAACCUGCAAAUGCGCUGGAUCCUGUGCUUGCACCAAGUGCUCUUGCACCAACUGCUCUUGCACCACUUGCAAGAAGAGCUGCUGCCCGUCCGGAUGCACCAAAUGUGCGUCAGGCUGCGUGUGCAAAGAGAAGACGUGUGACACAAGCUGCUGUCAGUGAGGCGCUUCUGACAUAAUCGGUCCUUUGAUCGAGGGAUGGAACCUUCAUUUGAUUAACUUAAUUGUACCUGCAAUGUCUAUUCAGUAAUGUAUUUUGUAUAUGGCGUUCAUUAAUAAAAUACAUGUUUUCUUUAAUAUGAA